AUGUUGUACAAAGUAUGGGCAGAUAAAGCCUUGAAAGAACUAAAUAUGACGUCUGAAGAACACUCACAACCACCUGCGACCGACACCUACAAACAAGUCGCAGUCGCGCAACCAGCGACAAUCGAACACAAUGGAGAAGAUUGCAUGCCGCAAGUCAAUGACCGUGAUUGUACGCUAGAGCCCAGCGACCGGGACUGUACGCUCGAAGUAAACAGACGGGUCGAAGAUUCGAACAAGGAGGCAGUGGGCCAGACUCAGACUCAGGCGCAUGAAAGUGGAGGACAGACAGAGGCAGAUGAGACUGGCAACCAGGGAAAUUUGAAGAAUACAUCUAGAAAGUCGAGGCGCCAUCGGUAUAGUUUAAUUUGUGCUGUGGUUGCCGGAUUUGUUCUUCUGAUCGUUAUCAUUGUUCCGUCUGUUGUCGCUACGAAACACUGA